GUGUGAUCGGCAAUGGUGCUCUCAUCGGCGUUCCGGGAUAGGUUGGAACAAAUGGAGCAAAGCAGAAACCAACGCCUCUCUCUCCUCCAGGCUGAGAAAGAACUUCUAAUAAACAAGUCUCAUCUCCUAUCGUCAAAGCUCACCAACAUCAGAUCCAUUGAACAACGCUGCUUACAGGUCGACCACAAAAUCGCUUUGCAACACUUCAUUAUAUCUUCUCUCAAAUCGGAGAUCGACCGCCUCGAUUCCAAUUACCUCAACUAUCUACAACAGUGUAGGGUUCUGAAGAGUGAGGUGGAGGUGCUGGAGGAGUUGGAGAAGGAGAAGGAAAAGUAUUAUAAUUCGAAGAGUGCUGAUAUUGCAGAAUUUGGGGAACGAGUUCAGAAUUUUGCUGUUGAAUGUCGAAUUCGAGUUGACGAAUUGAGAAAACGCAUGGAGGAGGUCAAGUCAAGCUUCAUGGAACUUCAGCAUAGUAAUAGAUAUUCUGGUAAUUCUGAGAUAGCUGCAGCUGAGAUGAGAAAAUCUCAACUUCUAGCCAAGAAGGAGAAUUUGGAUAGAAGUGUGGCUUCCAAUUACCAGCUAAAAGCCCAGUUGCAGAAGCAGCUUCAGAGUAUAUUGAUCACACAAGACCUAGAGAGAAGGUAA